UUUUUCUCUUUUCAUAUAAUUUCUGUAUCCAUUAAUCAUCUUUUUAAUACAAUGCAACUCAGCAACUCAAAAGUGCCCGCUACUCACGGCAAUAGAGAGCAGCAGCAGCAACAAGAUUCUACAAUAAUUCCAGUGACUUCAGGUCCUGAAGGCAACCCACCACCAUCAUACUCUCAAGACUCAGAUUCGUUAUACCCAUCAAUUCCUAAUGAUGAAACUGAGCCCUUGAUGAGACGCAGUGAUCCAACAACCAGAAGUGUCCCCUUGCGAGAUCGUACAGAACCAAGCUUUGGUCGUAAGCUUGGGGAUACUUUCCGUGAGAAAGGACGCAGGAUAAAGCAUUUGAUGAAAGAAUUACGAUAUUUGUGUUCUCCAUACAGUUGUACCAUCUUUGGAAUCAUUGCCAUUGUUGUGAUUGCAGUACUCGUUGUACUUGGUGUCACCAAGGCUGUAAUCUCUAAAGGCAAAGAAACAGUUGGAACUCAACAGGAGUUCGACCCAGUGAAAUACCCGAAUUUUGUGCUCAAGCUUGGUCAUGGAAUUACUGGGGAUAUUGUCAUCACUCAAGCCAAGAGUAGCUCACAAAGAAACGUUCUUGUUAGUUCGUCCUCUUAUGUCUCCACAUUGGAGCUAUCAAACCAGCUGAGCACAUCUUCGGGACUUGACUCUGCGGCAUUACGUGCCGAAUUCAAGGUUGCUUUUCAAAUGUCUGAUGCUGAUAUUGAUAGAGCUCUUCAAUCUGGAACAGAGGCACAGGUCAAAGUUAAGGUUGAGAUCCCAUACCAUAGGCUUCAAUACCAGAGUAUUGAGAUCGACAAUGCAUACGACGGCAAAAUCUAUGUUGACUUGGACAAGACAGCUCUACAAGGAGACUUGAUUAUCAGAUCCAAACUUGGGGAUGUGCUGGUUAAGAAUGCUAAAGUUAAUCAUGAGCUACGAUUGGACGCACCUCAUGGGCACCUGAAGGUCUCUAGCGCUACAGUGGAGGGUGUGGUCAAAGCUAGAGCAUUGAGAGAUAUUGAUAUGCAAUUGAGUACAUCAUGGAAUCCCUCGUUGGACGUUCAAGUCACCUCCGAAACCGGUCAAGCACUUCUUGAUUUGCCGAAUCAAUUUUAUGGGCACUUCUCGGUUGUAGCGACGUCUAGUGUUAGACCAGUGAUGGAUGCUCCAGAAAAGUUCACCAUUUUCCAAACUUCCAAUGAUCAUAAAAUUGAAGGAUUUGUAUCCUUAAAUGGUAUAGAACCAGCACCUCUGCCGCGAGUCGAGAUCAAGGGUAGCGCAGCUAUGCUAAAGCUUCGAGGAUGGGAUUAA